AUGGCCAUGCUCGAGCUACUGCUGGCGCUGAUGCCGCUCAGUGCCGCCACCAUCACCCUCCACGAUCCCAGCGACGAUGUCGACCUUCAGACAGAUGUCGCGGACAAUGCCCUCACAGCCAACUGGAACUACACCCCGACCCUCUACCAAGUUGACGCCAUCACCGGGGCGUACGAGUACACCAACGAGAUUGCAACCAUCUCGCAUGCGACGCUCAGCGAGACAGCCAACGACACCAGCGUGGUGGUGUUCACCGAGUCGUCAAGCGUCAAUAUCUCCUCCUCCAAGGUCGUCAAACACGGCUACUCAUCCGAUCUGUACCAAGCCAGCUUCUUCGGGCUCAACGCCGCUGGGACAUACGUCUCGAUUACCCACUCAAGACUGUACAGCUCCGGGCCGGUCUCGCACAGCCUCUACGCCGGAGACUACGGUACCAUCGUCGGUCGCAACCUGCGCCACUACUCGGGAGGCUACCGGUCGUCAGCCUUCGCAGGCGACAGCCCGCAAGGCUACGUGUACGUGUACGACUCAAUCGCACACACGGCGGAGGUCGGCAGCGCCAUCAUCUACGGACAGGCCACAGUGAAAGCGGAGAACGUAGCCGGAUACGCAGAGCGCGCGCCGAUCGCCUUCCUCGACAGCGCGACUGUCCGUAUCGCGCACUCCAACCUGACGGCCGGCCUACUGGCAGGCGUCGUGACCUUCUCGUCGGACGCGCGAACCGCCGACUCAGAGGUGACCGUUACUGACUCGCGGAUGACGGUCCUGCCCGCCGACGCGCCGGCGCUGUGGUUCGGCAACGUCGUCGCCUCGGCGGCCCUCACGCGCACGACCAGCGACACGGCCUCCAAUAUCCUCAUCGUCGCCAACUACUCCCAGGUCACCCAGGAUUUCUCCUACUUCGCCGCGUCGACCGCGCCGGCGGAUGCGACUGUCACGGUCGCCCAAUCGGAUCUGCGCGGCGAUCUAGUCGCGUAUGAUGGUAGCGCGGUCCGCUGGGCUCUGGGGAAUGUGUAUGCGGCUGGGUUUACCUUGUAUUAUGAUGGGAAUGCCACGGCGAAUGCGUGGUUCGGUGGGAAGACCGUGUCCCUGGCUAGAGGAGGGCAAGUGACGCCCGCGUCCGAGCAGCAGUUGACUGGGAAAUGA